CAAGUAUAUAUUAUAGUUACAGAGAUAUUUUACCUAACCCUAAAAAGUCCAAGUAUAUUGUCAGCACACGAUACGUCAAAACAAACUUGAUCAAGAUGAGCAUUUUUACAAAAAGAUUUAUGGAAAAAUGGCAGUGGGAAAUUUGUAAGAUGUUCUUAUACAUGUCGUUUCCUGUUGCUUGCUUCCAUUAUUUCAAUUCUCCACAAAUUUUUGAAGAAUCUGUGACAAAACUAAAAUUGGAAUCAUGCCCACCAAUGCCUGUCGAAAAGCAAGAAAAAAUAAAAUCUUUGUUUGAAAAAUUUAAUAGUGAACGUGAAUUGAAGCACCUCGAGGAUUUAGAAAAAAAACGCAAAGGCAGUGUUUAAAAGUACUGAGUUAUAGGUUUCAUUUAUUACAAACUAGAAGAUUUUGUUUGAGUAGAAAAAAACUUGUACAUAAUAUUAUUUAUUCAACAUGCUUCUGGAAUAAAUUUUGUUUCUAUUUUAAAUGUGAUA